AUGCAAGUUUAUCUGCUGAUAUCAUAGCUAGUUUGGAUCAUAUAACAAAAUUUUCAUUGAAUUAUUUGUUAGAUAUUGUGACCUGAAUUUUGUUUUAGCUCGGUCGAGAAAUUUGCAGUGCGGCCCAUAGGUUAUUUAAAAAAAUUGCAAAAUUUGCGAUGGAUGUAGACUCUCAAGUCGAAGGGGGCGGACGGUGAAUGUUAUUUUAUUGGUUGUGUAAUCGGGUUGAGAGAGCACAUUUAGUGUUUUGUGUGCACCUGGAUUUCUCUCUUCUGUCCAUGAUUUUCCAGAUUGUUUCUUUUCUUCUUGUUGUUUUGCUAAAGUACACCUGUAGUUAUUCCGUUAUUGAUCGUUCUUACUAUUUGAAUUUGAGGUUUUUCAUCAUCAUUCGAAGCAGGGAUUUCGCCCGUCAGAGUAUACACCUAGGAGUUUUAGCCAUCUCCGACACACAUGGAUCAAAGCACUACUGUGGAAGAAUUCGGGAAUUCAAGAAACAGCCUCGAGGUUACAAAAUCACUCUCUGAUAAACAUCUUGAUCUUUUGAGGCCAUCUGCUCGAUACUAUUCACUAUUUAAGGCUGUGAUGGUAGGGCAAGCGCCAGAUGCAGCUGGUAAAGGCAAGUAUACACUUAUCAAAGACGAGGAGGACUUCCAAACAGGGGUUUUCGACAAGCCUCUCCCGUGCUUUGGAUGCGGUAUCGGAUGGUUUUCCUUCCUGGUAGGAUUUUUAUGUCCGUUGAUGUGGUACUAUGCUACAUUUAUCUAUUUCGGGAACCACUACCGUAAAGAUCCAAGAGAGAGAGCUGGCCUUGCUGCCUCUGCAAUCGCUGCAAUGGCAUGCUCUGUUGUACUGCUGAUCAUAAUAGUUUUUCUUCUGUUUUAAACCCAAAUACCCGGAGUUGAUGUCUUCUUCGUAACAAGCGUAUACAUGUUUGAGUUAAAAGGAAUCAAAUGCUUUGGCUACAAUGGAGAAACAAGAGUCAACAGCAGAGCAUCGUUGUAAAGACAACAGAUUUGAGAAAUGUUCCGUUCAUAGAAACUAUACUUCUGCAUUUGAUUAAUUUGAGGCUAUGUUUGUUUGUAGGUAAUUUGAUGAGUUCCAUUAAUGAACCAAAGUUUGUUCCA